AUGGCUGCUCAACAAACCGUUUCCAUGUCCGAUGCUGAGAAGGCCGCUAUGGUGAAACAAAGGGCGGCAGAAUUGGCUGAGAUGAUGAAAGGGCGUGACGAGGGUAUACGCACCAGAGGAAUGAAGAACGCUGAUCUGAAUGAGGCUGCUUCGAGUCUGCGUUCGGCUCCUAUCGCCACCAAAACAAGGAGAAAGAGCCAUGUCCGUGCUUCCUCCGACGUGUCCCCGAAUCCGUAUUACCGCAAAUCCCGCAACAUCCCUGUUUUCGGGUCCUUUCCUGCUGAAGGUGCACGAUUCCUUAUGCCCGGUGAAGAAGAUAUGCGUCCUCACCAAAAGCCUGACAGGCUGGUCAUCCACACUAGUCCUUUGUUCGAUCCUUUCUAUGUAGAAAGCGAUGCAAAGAGUAGUACCGGGUCUUCUCCAACGUCACCCCUCAAAGUAUCAGAUUGUGAAGAAUCGGAACAAAGAGUCACCAUGGUUUACUUCAAGUAUCACAAUACUCCUGGAGAAGAGACUUUGUCACUCAUGGAAGAUGCUAAUUCGGUCGAUGGAGCGCACUUUCGUUCAUUUCCUCCUGUGAUUGGUCCUUUUGCAAACAUCCAUUCUUCUACGGAGUUCUCGGGCCCGAAAAGCUGGUACAAGGAGAGUCGUGAUGUUAAUGCAUUUGGUGGAAAAACACCUAAUCCUGUCCUUGUCGCUUCACAUCACCGUUCCUGCGAUGAUGCGUGUUCUUUCCAGACAUUAUCUACGCGUUUGUCCCGCAAGGAGACCAAAUGGAGUUCUAGUCCGAAAUUUGGAGUCGAGCCAACAUACAUCCCUCUUUACUGGGAAUGGUUAGAAGAUGUCCUGCACCAUUCCAGACGCACACUCGCUAGCACCCAUAUUCUUGAUGCCGUCUAUGCUUCUAUGUACAUCUACAAAUGUAAUUCUCCUGUCAUGCAGGCUUUUUGUGAAUCCUGGUGUCCUACGACAAAUACCUUGCACACUUCAGUUGGAGAAAUGUCAAUCAGUCUUUGGGAUAUAUACGACCUUGGUGGGCUUCCCGUAACUGGCCUUUUUUAUGACGAGGUCGUCCCUUCUGCCGUUGAAUUGGAAGGCUCCGACGAUGAGCACAGUCUAUACCUCCCUUACAGUUGCAAAUAUUUGUUCAUGGCUUUGCAUUAUCUUUCUGAGAAACACAAGGUGACAACAAUAACGUUCGAGACUUGGUGUGAUUUUUGGUUUCGCGGUGCAUCAAAGUAUUUCUUGGCAUCUGGCAACAAAAAGUCUGUCCUUCCAACACUUAUGAAAGACUUCAGCUCCUUUAAUGGUCCUCGAUCGUGGAGUCAUAAGAUGUACGAAGCCUUUCGCAUCCUACGGAUUCCUGAAGCGCAUCAUCGACAAACAUAUUUGGCUGCCUUUCUCUCAUGUUGGCUUUGUGCCUUUGUUUUGCCGGUGUCAGAUUUGGGUUGCAUCCGUCCUGGAUCUUUCAAACCUGCGUCAUUUCUUGCAAGUGGAAAAGAGACUUCUUUGGCGAUCCCUGUUUUGGCGAGCAUCUACCACGGAUUGAGCAAAAUUUCGAAUUCUCCUACCCCCGACAAACAUCGCGAGUCCUUCCCUGCACAAUAUGUGUAUGUCUGGACCGCUAAGUAUUUUCGAAGUCAUCACGUCGUCACCUACGAUUUUGUUGGUGCUCCCCUGGUUGGAAUUCAAGGCCUUGACUCUGUCAUAAAGUCUCCAGAUGCUAAAUCGCUAGUUUCUUCGGGUAAGGAUUUCAAUUGGCUUGCUAACUCAAUUUGUGGUAAUUCAGAUGAGAAGCGUGAAGAUGACAACCAUCAACCAAAGCAAUUCGCAAACUUCUUCAUUAGCAUGCGGUCCUGUUUUCUGACCUUGAGGUUCGACAACAACUACGUGGUUGAGCCAUACAGUCCUCAUCGAUUCGGUCGGCAAUUCGGAUUUCACCAAGAUGUGCCAGGCGAAUUAGUAGUCCAGACACAAAACAUCACCCGAGAGCAUAUGUACUAUCUUUUUCAGUCCAGCAUUCGUCUGCAUACUAGGGCUACUUUUUUGGUCCCUUGCCGCACGUUUAAUGCCCAAUCUCGAGUCACUCCAAGCUUCACAACAUGGUGGAAUUCGGUCGUUUCUUUAAAUGCGGCUUAUGCUUCAAGAACUCCUAGUCCAACAAAUGUCAGGUCUAAGAAGAGAAAGGAGAGAAAGGGCGAUGAUCUUAACACUUCACCAAAAGACAAAGCUGCCAAGACUUCGGCUGCACCUCGCAAAGUUAGAGUCAGAUUGCCUAAAAGUUCCACGAUAUCCUGUCCGCCCAAGGAAACAUCUUCGAAAUGUAGGGACGAGAGUAGAAGACUAGCAAGCAGAGUUGUAAGUAAUGAACCUUCCAAUGACGAAAAUGAACCUUCCGAUGACGAACACGCAGGUGAACCUACAAUUCUGGAUGAUAUUUUCGCUGAAGAUUAUGGCCCUGAGCUAUCGCCUGAAGAGAUAGAGAAUCUUCAAAGCGAUGCGAACAUAGCAGUAGAGCUUACUGCUUGCGAGAAUACAUUUGUCUCCCUUCCUGAACAACAGUUCAUUGAUGAUGUUGUCAUUGAUACUGCGCCAACCACAAGUGUUUCUACUGCUUCGACCGAGUCUCCUUCUUUUAAUGCUCAAGACAUGAUCACUAAGGCGACCAACAGGGCGGACCGAUAUGCUGCAAGCUUGAUGAUUAAUGAAAUAAAGGACAAGUUGAUGAAGACUCCUUUAGCCAAGGUUCAUGAACUAGCGCAGGAGUUUGAACAGGUUUUCUCCUAUGUUCGUGAUAAGAAGAUCGACAUCUCUGCAAUCGAAUCUUUUAUCAAGGGGUAUAUUGGGUGCGGUUCUCAACUCCACCACGUUCGGCUAGGGAAACAGGGAGAUCCCACUCUCAAUGACUUGGAGCAACGAUCUUUGGAGAUAGAGACGAGCGUGCAGACAACUACAAUUGCAGGGAAAGCAGAAGAGGAGCGAAUGCAAGCUCUUCAUAAGGAGAUAGAUCAGAUUCAGCAAGAACAAGCCGAACAUAAAAGGAAGCUCAAUGAUUUAGCAGAACGAGCGGAUAGACUUUUGCCUCUUAUUUCAGAAUCAGAAGAGAAGUUCCAAGGGUACGUCAUACAGAAGAAAGAGCAAGAAAACUCACUCCUCAUCAUGAAGGAGAAUAUUGUUGCUGCGAAAGAGGUGGAGGCAAAGCUAGCGGAAGCUGAGAAACAAUUUGGUGUUGCUCGUGAUGCUUUGCAAGCCUUCAAAUUUGAGCCGUAGUUCCGCCUUUCUUGUUACCAUCGUUGCACUUGUUUUCUUUUAAUUCUUUUUUUUUUUUUUUUUUUUUU